UCAUGCAGCGGCUCGGUCCUCCUGUGAGGACCAUAAUGACAUCCUUUUGGGUCGGGUGCUCCGCGGUGCCUGCCUGCUGCUGCUGCUGCUGCUGCGAGCGGCAGCUCUGACAUGGAAAGCCCCCCUCAGCUGCAGCCCUUCUACCCAGAGCAGUGUGAGCACCAGCAGCACGACUGCGGGCGGGAGGAUCGACUCGGCGAGCAGCAGCAGCAGCAGCGCGAGCGGAGGCGCACCUGCAGUCGCUGCACCUGCGAGGCGCGGAGGAGCCUCGCGUUCCGCGGGACGCCGCCGACCACCGUGGGAACUUUGAGGACGCCCUCGGAGACGUCCUCGAGGCACGGCUGCCAGACCUGCGACUUCACACCCUCCAGUCAUGGUAGUUCCUCCAGACAUCAUCAUCAUCAUCACCUUCCUCACCAGCAGCUGCAUCCUCAUCCUCCUCCUCAUCAUCAUCAUCAUCAGCAGCAGCAGCAGCAGCCGGGCAGCCUGGGCAGCAGCCACAGAGAUACCAACUCGUACAAUGAAACAGCCAUGAGCAGCUGCAGGUACAACGGCGGAGUGAUGCGGCCGCUCAGCAACUUGAGCUCGUCCCGCAGGAACGUGCACGAGUUCGACUCCGAGUCGCAGCCGCUGCAGCCCCUCUCGGCCGCAGAUGCGUCGGACGGGCUGGUGUCCAAGCCGGAGAACAAUUCCACCACGGUGAUGCCUUACGCAUCGGGGGACGGAGGGGGAGGCUGCGGCCACGGAGGAGGAGGAGGAGGAGGAGGUGGUGGUGGCGGCAAAUCUGGGAAGAAGAAGAACCAGAACAUUGGGGAGAAGCUGGGACACAGGCGGGCCUUGUUUGAGAAGCGGAAGCGUCUGAGCGACUACGCGUUGAUUUUCGGGAUGUUUGGGAUCGUUGUUAUGGUUAUAGAGACUGAACUCUCAUGGGGAGCCUACGGGAAGGAAUCCCUGUAUUCUUUAGCUCUAAAAUGCCUGAUAAGCCUUUCUACAAUCAUUCUCCUGGGGCUGAUUAUCAUCUACCAUGCAAGAGAGAUCCAGCUUUUCAUGGUGGACAACGCAGCCGACGACUGGAGGAUAGCCAUGACGUACGAACGCAUCUUCUUCAUCUGUCUGGAGAUCUUGGUGUGCGCCAUCCACCCCAUCCCAGGAAACUACACCUUCACCUGGACGGCACGCCUGGCGUACACCUACGUCCCGUCCAAGACGGACGCAGACGUGGACAUCAUCCUGUCCAUCCCCAUGUUCCUGCGGCUGUACCUCAUCGCUCGGGUCAUGCUGCUGCACAGCAAGCUCUUCACCGACGCCUCGUCCCGCAGCAUCGGCGCACUCAACAAGAUAAACUUUAACACACGCUUUGUGAUGAAAACCCUCAUGACUAUCUGUCCCGGCACUGUGCUGCUGGUCUUCACCAUCUCACUGUGGAUCAUCGCUGCAUGGACAGUCAGAGCUUGCGAGAGCCCCGCCUCUGUCAGUCAGCCUUUUAUAUUUACUGUUUAUUACAGGUACCAUGACAACCAGGAUAUAACCAGCAACUUUCUUGGAGCCAUGUGGUUGAUCUCAAUCACAUUUCUUACUAUUGGUUAUGGGGAUAUGGUCCCACACACAUACUGUGGAAAAGGAGUCUGCCUCCUUACUGGCAUUAUGGGUGCCGGCUGCACUGCUUUGGUGGUGGCUGUAGUGGCAAAGAAACUGGAACUAACCAAAGCUGAAAAACAUGUCCACAAUUUUAUGAUGGAUACACAGCUGACAAAAAGGGUGAAAAACACAGCUGCGAAUGUUCUCAGGGAGACGUGGCUCAUCUACAAGAACACCAAACUGGUGAGAAAGAUGGACCACGCCAGAGUCAGGAAGCACCAGAGAAAGUUUCUCCAAGCCAUUCACCAAUUGAGAAGUGUUAAAAUGGAGCAACGCAAGCUGAAUGACCAAGCAAACUCACUAGUGGACCUUGCUAAGACUCAGAACAUCAUGUAUGACAUGGUGUCGGACCUGAACGAGAGAGGCGAGGACAUGGAGAAGAGGAUUGCCCUGCUGGAGACGAAGCUGGAGACUCUGCUGACUAACUUGCAGGCCCUCCCUGGACUCAUCAGCCAGGUCAUCAGCCAGCAGCACAGGGACUUCAUGGAGGUGCAGCUCCAGCCGUACGACAAACACAACCCAGAGCGCUCGCAGUCAGUGUCACGACGGAGGUCGUCCUCCACGGCACCGCCCACCUCCUCAGAGAGCAGCUAGAGUCCAAGGGGAAGGCCUCCACUCAAAGACGUUUGCCAUCAUAUGGCCAACUUGCAUUUAUUGUAAAGCCUUAUGGUUUCAAUAAGUAUUAUCCAAAUUCUGAUGACAGAAUUUGAGUCACUGGGGAUGAUGGAUUUUAAUGGAUAACUUCAUGCUGUUAUUGAUUUUAUUACCUCAAAAGGUGUCGUUAUCCUUGCUCUGGUGACAGACCACAAAUAAUGGCGCUUCCCUCAGUUAAAGACCUACAGUAUCAAUGGGGCUAUGACAAGGACUCUUCUCCAUCUCUAUGCAGAGGUUGCCAGUUCUAGGAGGCAAAGUUACCAGGUGUGAAACUAUUGCACUAAAAUAGUGCUUUACACGGACUUUGUGCUUCUGCUGGCUUGAUUCAGUUGCUGUGCUCCAGUCAGGGAGCAUGUCGGUGACACUGAGGGAAAGUGCUGCGCCUUGACUGGCCUGGAGUCAAGUGACAGCAGGAGGAAGACGAGUAGCUCAGAUAACUUAAAAAGUCUUGAAGUGAGGAGUAAAAUAACAACAAAUAUAUUUUAGGUUAGAAACAGCAUCAACUAUAGCAGUUUUCCUUUGCAGAGUCCCCCUUGUAGAAUGCCUAUUUUUUUGGGAUGGGGGGACGACAUUGCAAGUAAUUUGACCCUCAAGUCGAAAUGAAUGCGUCCAAAUCUGUACUUGCACUUACUUUUUAAGCAAUGCACUCAAUGCUGACUGAUAUAAAGAUGUGCUACUCAUUAAAAGAUGAGUUUGGGCAUGGGUUUAAUGUCAUAAAUCAGGUCAAAAAGUCCUUUUUUGUUUGUUUUUCAUAAAGAUGCAUUCACGUAGACUUGUUGAAGUCGAUAGAAAUGCACUGAAUGAUCAUAAAGGAACCAUCUUAUUCUGUGUCUCCCCACUUCUGUGUGAUCUGUGCUCGCUGUCAUCCCAGCUGGGCAACAACAAAUGCUGAAUGACAGCUAAAAAAAUGCAUAUUUUUAUACAUUUUCAUGAGGACAAGCACACCUCUUAAAUAGAAAUCUGGUUUGAGAUACUGUAUCUUGGCAAGGAGAUUUUUUAGCAUAAAUACACACGUUAUUUUAACCAAGUAGGCAUUAUUAUUCACUAUUUUACCAUAUUUAUGGAAGUUACACAGAGCAAAGCAUGGGUUGGUCACUCAUCCAGUCAGCAGUGUUGAUUCUGUCACCCACAAACCAAUAACAAGACAGUUUGCAAAAAUGACAUCUGUGCAGUCUACAAACUUCAGCAAGAAGGAUACCAAUGAGAGAUUAUAUUGUAUGCAACUUUAAUGAUAAUUAAAUAAUAAAAACACGUAAUUAGACAGGCUUGUGUACAUUUUUUGUAAUGUGUGCAAUGGUGUAUCGAGCAACACUAAUGAUAAAGAGUUUUAACCUGACCAACAGACACAGGGUUUCAUUUGGGUAUUAAAUCAAAGCCAUUUUUUAUUUAUUUUUUUAAUAGAAUGUGCAUCACAACUAUUGUAUAAAGUAAAGCCUGGUAUUCAUA